AAAUUUUAUUAAAAAUUGUGGUAAAUAUAAAUUUAAUUUAUAUUUAUUUAUCAUGUUUUAGUUUUAGUAAGGAAAAUAUUAUUAAUAUAUUUAAAAAAAAUUGAGCAGGCAUAGAAGAAACUUUUUUCUGCAUUGAUAAUAUAAUAAAGAUAUUUCUCAUUCUAUAUAAAAUAAUAUAUGAUAAAUCUAAAGUAGUAAUUGAUGAAAGAAAUAUUCGGGUUUUCUUUAAUUAAAAUUCUUACAUUUAGCGCCUUGGUAUGGUUAUCUCCCAACUCUUAUGGGUCGGCCAAUUUGGGGGAAUCAUGGGAGAACAGAAUAAACCUAGAUAACAAUGUAGAUGUAAGGAUUAGUAGGUUAUUAAAUGCAAGACCCGAACAUUUUAGACAUGAAAGAAAUGUAAAUUUAAAAGAAAGAAAACGUAAUAUGUUAAAAGAUGAGGAUCUUUAUGAAAGUGUAUCUCUAAAUAAAAUGAAGAAUAAACCUAAUGCUCGGGAACAAAUGCAAGAUCCGAGGUUUCAUGGCAGACCUGAUAAAGCUCCGUCCAAAUUGAAACAUGGUGAACAUCCUGGAAAAAGAAACGAUAAAUUAGCAAAUGGAAAAAUUCAUAGAAGAUCAAAAAAUGAUUCUGAUGAAGAUCAAGAUGAUAAUUUUCUAAAAGAACCAGAGGAUGGUUACUAUAGAAGAGAAGACAAUACCGAUUAUAGAGAAGGAAGUACUGAAUAUAAAAAACCACCAAAUAAUAAUAAUAAUCAAGCAGUACAGAAGAAGCCCGAAGUAAAUAAUAAAAAUAUAGUAAAACUCCCCCCACCACCAAAUGGCAAGGUUCCUCAGUACAUGAUGGAAUACUACGAUUAUAGCAAAGUAAAGAGAGGCUUAAAAGAAAAACUGACAAAUAUGCUUAACAAAAUGGAUGUACAAUUUCAAUUGGAAUUUAUGCGUUACCUAAAAGGAAGGAAGCAUACUGCGGAACGUGAAUUUUUGGAACUUCGAGGUAGAAAAGAAAAACUUGCUUAUUAUUUUAAAAGGUACAAAGUAUUCUUGCCAAUUAUGACACAAUCUACAAUUUUUUCAAUAUUUUUACUGUUGGCACUUACGGCAACAACUAUAGCCGCUCCAAUGACUGUAAUGUCUUUUAUUACCGGUGAAAUACUCUUGAAUUUGAUGUACUACUAUUUAAAAGAAUUUAUUAAGAUAAGAAAAAUUCACAACACUUUCAAAAAACAUGGUGUUAUAAUUAAAAAAUAA